AGCUGCUGCGGCCCAGGACCUCUCCGGCCCCCCUCGGCAGCCCGCACGUUCCGGCGCCAGCGGCGCGGCGGCCCCGAACCCUCGGGCCUGCUAGCCGGGGCCAGGGCCAGCGCGGCCCCCAGGGCGACUACGCGUAAGAGUGGCCCUUCGCCGGAGGGAGCUUGGGUACGGGCUCCCCGGACCUCCUCGCGCUGUGAGCAGAAGUCGGGCCCCCGCGGACCCCAGCCAGCAGCCAUGCCCUCCACGGCGCGCCGCCCGGCCGCGCUGCCCGCGCUGCUCCUCGCCCUCGGCGCCGCGGCGCUGCUGAGCUCCCCGGGCGCCUUCCUGCCGGCGCCCGCGCCGGCGCGGCCUGCGGGGGUCGACGCCGCAGCCCUCGGCGCCGCCUCGGGGCUGCUCGUGGCAACCGACGCCGCCCACGCGAACGGCUCGCAGCUCUUCGGGGCCCGCUACACUGGCCUGCUCUUCGAGGAGAUUAUCCCCUACGCCCUGGUGUCUUCGUUCACCAUCCUGUGGGGCAUCGUGCUGGGCUUCGUGCUCCUCCGCCUGCAGGAGGCGUUCCCGGAGUGAGGCUUGAUCUCGAUUUUCGGCUUCGGCUGGGCGGUGGACAUCCGCGUGCUAGGUGAGCACGCUCCGCUGCAGUUUUUUUUGUUGCCGUGAGCGGGUCAAAGAGGUGACUCAAACACGGGAGGCCCCGUCCUACGAGCCUGCUGCUUCUGUUGCUGCUCCUCCUCCCCACUGCUGCCCCUGCUCGUUCUCCCUCCUCGGUCCCUCCCCCUCCC